AAAGUAGUGGUCGAAGUUAGAACUCGGGUUUAGAAUUAGGGCUCCCAGUUCUCUCUAUUCUGAUCGGGCACCGUCACCAUCGCUUUCCAUACUUGCACAAUUCUUGUUAGGGUUUACGCACCUUUAGAGGAAUCGGACCUCAUAUUCUCCGCACCUUUGAGAGGCUCGAGGACCUCGCCACCGCCGUUCAGGUAAGGAUUGUAAUAUACUUGAGUUUCAUGAGAGUGGGGGCUAUAUGGCAAACUAUCCAGGAAAAGGAGCCCCUUCGAAUGGGUCUGUCUAUGUUUGCAACUUGCCGGAGGGGACUGAUGAGAAUAUGCUGGCCGAAUAUUUCGGUACCAUCGGGUUGUUGAAGAAAGACAAGCGAACAGGUCGACCAAAAAUUUGGUUGUACAGAGACAAAGCGACAGAUGAACCAAAGGGAGAUGCUACUGUGACAUAUGAGGAUCCACACGCUGCGUUUGCAGCUGUUGAAUGGUUCAACGACAAGGAGUUUCAUGGUAAUGUGAUCGGGGUUCAUAUAGCAGAGUCGAAAAGAGAUGACCAGACAUAUAACCCUGGGGUUGAUCUAAGCUCUACUGGCGGUGAUCCAAUUUAUGGCGGAGUAGAGGAAAAUGCUGAGGACAUGAAUGGGGGUGGCGGUAAGGGCCGGGGUGAUGUUCCUGGGAAAGCAUGGCAACAAGAUGGAGACUGGACGUGUCCGAAUACAAGUUGUGGCAAUGUCAACUUUGCAUUCCGUGGUGUGUGCAACCGCUGUGGAAGUGCUCGACCAACUGGUGCUUCUGGGGGUGGGGCAGGGGGUGGUGGUCGCGGCAGGGGCCGUGGUGUUGACUCCGGGGGCCGUGGUGCUCCUGUUGGUGCUCCUGCAGGGGGACUCUUUGGUCCAAAUGAUUGGCCUUGUCCAAUGUGUGGCAACAUUAACUGGGCAAAGCGUACAAAAUGCAAUAUAUGCAACACAAAUAAACCUGGGCACAAUGAGGGUGGUGUAAGAGGAGGGCGUGGUGGUGGUUACAAAGAACUUGAUGAAGAAGAACUGGAGGAAAUCAAGCGACGUCGGCGAGAGGCCGAAGAAGAUGAUGGAGAGAUGUAUGAUGAGUUUGGCAACCUGAAGAAAAAAUUUCGAGCUAAAACAUCACAGCAAGCUGACACUGGACGGGCUCUUCCAGGUGCUGGGCGUGCUGGAUGGGAGGUUGAGGAAAUAGGUGUUGUUGAUAGAGAUGGCAGAGAAAGAAAUAGAGAUAGAGGAAGGGAACGUGAUGAUAGAGCAGGCAGCAAGAACAGGGAAAGAGAUGAUAGGGAUAGGCGUCGCAGUCGGAGCAGAGAAAGGGAUAGGGGGAGAGAUCGACCUCGAGAUUAUGAUCGGGAGAAAGAAUAUGGGCGGGAGAGGGACCGGGAUAGGGAUCGGGGCAGGCACCGUUAUUGAAAUUUAUGGAACAGUUCCUAAAGUUUUGUUCAAUCUUUCCUUUGAGACCCUAGCGGUUAAUGUUUCCUCUUUUGGGGGAGGACAUUUGCUUUGAACGUUUUCUUAGCCUCUAGAGCUAGUCCGAUAGGGUUCUGACCAUAUGGGUCUGCUCUUUCUCGUGUUAAGUUUGCGUUGAAUGUUUUCUUGGGCUCUAGAGCUAGUCGGAUAGGGUUCUGACCAUAUGGGUCUGCUUUUUCUCGUGUUAAGUCUUCGAACCGUGAUCUGCAUUUGCAUAUUCGAAUAUUGUUUUACAUUAUGAAUAUUCGCAUUAAUGUAAUCAGUAAUUUUCCGAUAGUUGGUUCUUGAUA